GAAUAUUGUGUGAUGGGCAGCUGUCUCUGCUUUUGAUUCACAAACAAACAAUUUCGGGACAAGUGUCCUGCGAAACACUUGCUGUCGACUAGUAAAAUUCCCUCGCCGGCUAGCUUGCAUUACUUUGCUUACAGUAGACUAGUGAUAGAUAUUCCUGUUGCUUCCGGCGCCAACUGGCGAAAGUCGUGCAGAAGCUGACGGACAACCGCACCGGAGAGCUCAGUGGUCACGACCAAACACAAUGUGCAAAAUAAAACACGAGCCCGUGGCAACACCAGCAGCAACAUCAUCGACAUAAGCACAGAGGCCCAGACAGAACCUGCAGCUUUCGACGGACUGCGGCAGACCCACGGAAACGGGAGUGACCAAAGCGAGGCCAUAAAACGGUACGCAUAGAAACAGUACUGAGAGCAAUAGCAACCCCCCCUUGCACAUGUACGCCGCCCUGAUGGACGUGGGGCAGACGUUGGCAGCCAGACUAGCGGAUGGCGAAGGCAACGGGGCCAACGACAGCGAACUCCUGGCAACGGGACAAGGUCUGGAGCAGGAGGGUCCGGCACAGGGUAUGGGCCACAACGCCAGCGCCGACGGCGGAAUAAUACCGUAUGUGCCCGUGCUGGACCGCCCGGAGACUUACAUUGUCACCGUGCUGUACACGCUUAUCUUCAUUGUGGGAGUUUUGGGCAACGGCACGCUGGUCAUCAUCUUCUUUCGCCACCGCUCCAUGCGCAACAUACCCAACACAUACAUUCUCUCACUGGCCCUAGCUGAUCUGUUGGUUAUACUGGUGUGUGUACCAGUGGCCACGAUUGUCUACACGCAGGAAAGCUGGCCCUUUGAGCGGAACAUGUGCCGCAUUAGCGAGUUCUUCAAGGACAUAUCCAUCGGGGUGUCCGUAUUUACACUGACCGCCCUUUCCGGCGAGCGCUACUGCGCCAUUGUAAAUCCCCUACGCAAGCUUCAGACCAAGCCGCUCACUGUAUUUACAGCUGUGAUGAUCUGGAUCCUGGCCAUCUUACUGGGCAUGCCUUCGGUUCUGUUCUCGGACAUCAAGUCGUACCCUGUUUUCACAGCCACCGGUAACAUGACCAUUGAAGUGUGCUCCCCAUUUCGCGACCCGGAGUAUGCAAAGUUCAUGGUGGCGGGCAAAGCACUGGUGUAUUACCUGUUGCCGCUGUCCAUCAUCGGAGCACUCUACAUCAUGAUGGCCAAGCGGCUCCAUAUGAGCGCCCGCAACAUGCCCGGCGAGCAGCAGAGCAUGCAGAGCCGCACCCAGGCGAGAGCCCGUCUUCACGUGGCGCGCAUGGUGGUAGCAUUCGUGGUGGUGUUCUUUAUUUGCUUCUUCCCGUACCACGUGUUUGAGCUGUGGUACCACUUCUACCCAACGGCAGAGGAGGACUUCGAUGAGUUCUGGAACGUGCUGCGCAUCGUUGGAUUUUGCACGAGCUUCCUCAACUCGUGCGUCAACCCUGUGGCCCUCUACUGUGUGUCCGGGGUGUUUCGGCAGCACUUUAAUCGCUACCUCUGCUGCAUCUGCGUCAAACGUCAGCCGCACCUGCGGCAGCACUCAACGGCCACUGGGAUGAUGGACAAUACCAGUGUGAUGUCUAUGCGCCGCUCGACCUACGUGGGGGGAACCGCUGGCAAUCUGCGGGCCUCGCUGCACAGGAACAGCAAUCACGGAGUCUCUGGCGCUAGAGGAGGAGGAGGGUCAGGUCGUGUGGGCAGUUUUCAUCGGCAGGACUCGAUGCCCCUGCAGCACGGAAAUGCCCACGGAGCUGGUGCAAGCGGGGGAUCCUCCGGACUCGGUACCGCCGAGAGGACGGCGUCUGUGAGCGAAAAGAGGUGAGGCACGAUUAUUGUAGAGCUGCUGGAGGAGGAGGAGGUGGUGGUAUCCUUGCAGGCCGACGACCAGCUCUGAGCGAAAACAAUUGGCCUUUGAUCUCACUGCGUGCUCGCACCACUUGCAUUUCAAAUCUCGCACUCUGCACUCUUCACAAUCCCCUGGUAUUUUUCAGCGCGGCUGGACUAUUCAGCAAAAAUUGCCUCCGUGCAACGUUCAAUAGGUUAAAAAAUGAUUACUUUUAGCGAAUUUGCAUCACUAAGUAUUUACUUGAACUCUUGUUAUGGCUCGAUAAGGAAUAAGGAAUGGAUUGGGAAACAAUAGCUUAUUACUAAACUUCAUGUCGCUGUAUAUAUACAUAUGUAUAUAUUUACCAAGCAAAACUUUUGCGCAUAAUUACACAUUCAAUGUUAUGUUAUGGUAUAUAUGGUUAUGGUUAUAUUAUGGGUUAAUUAAGUAGGUCCCCAACCUGAUUAAAUGUAACUCGUUAUUACCUGCCUCAGUGCUAUAGUGUUAUAAAAGCCACUGAGCUAGGAACCUAGCUCAUUUCCGAAAUAUAAAUUGAAUAUAUCAAUAAGCUAAGAGGAUUUCAGAAUAAGAUUAAUGUAAAUAAAUGGAUAUCAUAAAUGUAAAGAGCUUGUAUAUUAUGCUGCAUUUUUAUAGCCGAAGUCUUUUGGAUCGUGGAGCGUUAAGGAAACCAGCUUUAUAAAUCUUUACGAAUGUGGCGGAAUGCGCUACUAAAUAAAUUGAGGUACCGAGGAAAACCCCUAAAAACCAGGAAACGGGCAACCCAUCAUACAAAGA